UCAAAAUCGAAAUCAUUUCUUUAUUUAUUAAUUAAGCAAACUAACCUCAAAACUCACCGACCUCAUCUCUUGCGGUACAAAUCAGAGUAAAAUAGACAAGUAAUUUAAUUUUAAAAGGAAAAUAAAUGGACCAACAACUACUCCUAGCUACUCCUCAUAUAUAGUUGUCUAGUCAUGAGAAAUAGAUUAUCUUUCUGUAUGAUCAAAACAUGGGAAGUGAAGUAAUAAAUCCUAUCAAACCACGGUUCGAUCUGAGCAUGUCGAGAAGAACCCGAAAACCAUGGUCCUCCAGUCUCGUCAACGAGAUGCAACAUCAAGUCCUGUCCACGCAAAGCUCACAACAAGAGAAAGAAUCAGAGCAAGACGAGGACCGAGAGAUUGAUCGUAAGAGUUUGAACAAUCUAAUGAGAAGCGAGCAAGAAUCAAACGGAGAAGCUAAUGCUACCAACAAGAACUCUCUAGGUCAACAUUUCGGGGAAGACGAAGGGAUCAAGCAGACGAUGCAAGUGGUGGUCAAGAAGCAAGGUGGGGAAAAUGGUGUAAAAUUCAAAGGUAUGAUGGGUCGAUAUGUUAAGGUGUUGAGCGGUUUGAUGAAGGCCAAACGUGACCGUAAGACAUCGGCCUUGCGGUUUAAAACCUGAUUUCGAAUGUAUAUACGUACGUUCAUGUGCCUAAUACGUAUAUUUAGUUUAGAAUUGUUUCGCAUACGUACGUAAUAUUAAUGUGCAUAUAUGUUGUUGGCAUAUGUACAUGCACCUUUUGGUUUCGAAUAUCAUUGCAUGUUUUUCCUCGGUUGCUAAGAGCAUAAUCAACAACAAAUUUCUCAACAAA